AUGCCAAACAACCACCCCGAUAGCGUACGUACUCCGGCCUUGCAGAGCGACGCCCUCAGCAGCGCACAACUGAGCGAGGGGCACUUCCGCGCCGUCGCCAGUUGCACCUCCGACUGGGAGAGUUGGCACGCUCCCGACGGGCGGCUCGUGUGGGUGAACGCCGCCGUCCAGCGGAUCACCGGGUACAGCCCCGACGAAUGCCUGGCAAUGAGCGACUAUCCGUUGCCGAUGACCGCCCCGCGGCACCGCCCGCGCAUCGCUCGGAUGCUUGAACAGGCGCAGGUGGGACAAGCCCACAACGAUCUCGAAUUCCAAACGCUGAACCGGGAUGGAACCGCCCGCUGGAUGGCGGUCUCGUGGCAGCCGAUGUACACCGACGACGGCGUUCAUCUAGGGUUUCGCACGAGCAUUCGAGAUGUCACUCAGCGGCGCGAACUACGAGAAGAAAUCCGCCGCCACGCGGAGCACCUGGAGCAGCUUGUGCAGGAACGCACGGCCCGGGUCCAACAGUUGGAACGCCAUCGACGGCAGAUGGAGAAGGCCGCUGCUCUAGGUCAGCUCGCCGCCGGCGUCGCGCACGAGAUUAACAACCCGCUGGCCGGGAUACGCAACGCGUUCGAGCUGAUCAAAGCCGAUCUUACGCCGGACCACGAGCAUUUCGGCUUACUAGAACUCGUCGACCGAGAAAUCGAACGGAUCGCCUCGAUCGUCCACCAGAUGUACCAGCUCUACCGGCGAAACCCCCAAACGCCGGUCCACUUCGAGAUCGAGCAAACGGUGUCGGAGGUCGUUUGGCUGCUCGAUAGUGUCGCGCGAAAGCACCAGGUUGAGUUGAAGAUGUCAGGGCCUAGUGCGCCCACCCCGGUCUUCCUCCCCGAGGGCGAAGUUAAGCAGGUGCUCUACAACCUGAUCCGCAACGCUAUUCAGGCCUCAUCAGCGGGCGAUCGGGUCGAGAUCCAUAUCACCGCCGAACGGGAAGAUGUCUGCAUCGCUGUGUCCGAUUGCGGUGAGGGCAUCAGCGAGGAACUGCUUCCGCUCUUGUUCGAUCCGUUCUUUACGACGAAGGCGGGUGAACCCGGGAUGGGUAUGGGGCUGGGAUUGUCGGUGUCACGAAGCCUCGUCGAAGCGAUCGGCGGGGCGAUUGACGUAGAGACGGUCAUCGGCAAAGGCAGCCGCUUCACGGCCAUACUUCCGAGGCAGAUGACGACCCUGCCGCUCUUCCUGCAAACGACCGGUGAUCUCUUGCGCCGCGCGGGAUACGACUGCGUGUGCGUCUCCGACGCCUUUGCUGCGAUCGACGCACUCGACCACGAACCAUUCAACCUCAUCCUUUCGGACCUCAAUAUGCCCGGCAACCUCCGUUUGGAGCUGCUGAGGCACGGCCGCGAGCGGUGGCCGCACGUCCCUUUGAUCGUAGUGACCGGCGCGCCGUCGCUGCCCAGCGCCAUUGAGAGCGUCCGACUGGGCAUCACCGAUUACCUCCUUAAACCGGUCAAGUACCAAGAUCUGCUCGCGAGCGUGGAAGCGGCGCUCAGCCGCCCGGUCGAUCGGCGGAGCCCCCCGGAACGGGGUCCGGAGGAGCAACUCGCGCUCGCCGAGCGUUUCCCGGAGAUCAUCGGCCGGAGCCCCAAAGUGCUGGAGCUCUUCGAUGUGCUGGAUCGCGUCGCCGGGAGUGACGCCAAUGUGCUUAUCACCGGCGAGAGCGGAGCGGGGAAAGAAGUGAUCGCACGCGCGAUCCACCGGCUUAGCCCGCGGGGAGCAAGAAAUUGCCAAGUGAUCGACUGCACGGCCCUCCCCGAACAACUGUUCGAGUCGGUGCUCUUUGGCCAUGUCAGAGGCUCCUUCACGGGUGCGAUCAAGGACCAACAGGGUUUGCUGGCGCAGUGCGAUGGGGGAACGGCGUUUUUCGACGAGAUCGGCGAGUUGCCGGCGCCCCUCCAGGCAAAGCUGCUCAGAGCCGUCCAAGAAAAGGCCUUUACCCCGGUUGGCGGCAGCGCCCAGGUGCGAGUGGAUACACGCUUCAUCUGCGCGACCAAUCGGGACUUGGAAUUAGAGGUCAGCUCCGGGCGAUUUCGGCGGGACCUCUUCUACCGACUAGCGGUGAUCCACAUCGAAGCGCCUCCGCUGCGGGAGCGUAACGGCGAUGCGGCGUUGCUCGCCGAGCACUUUCUUAAGAAGCUAGCGCCACCGGGCUCGGCGCCGAAGUCCUUCUCUGCUGAAGUGCUCGACUGCUUCGCGCGCUACCCAUGGCCGGGGAACAUCCGUGAACUGAGGAACGUGGUCGAAAGAGGUCUGGCUCUCGCUCGCACGGAUACCGUUGAGAUGGAGGACUUGCCCAAAGCACUGCGGCAGAGUUCGGACCCGGCGGGGGCGGCGGGCGCGAGCAAGGGUCCUUCGCCUUCGCGCGACGCCGCGAUGGAACAAGCCGAGCGAGCCUACCUCGUGGCGAUCUUGCAAGAACACGUUGGUAACGUCUCUUCCGCCGCUCGACACGCCGGUAUGUCUCGGCAAGGCAUGCACAAGCUACUGAUGAAGCACGGCAUUGUCGCCGCCGAGUACCGUGUCGGCUGA